AUGAUCGCGGUGUGAGCCUCAUACUGAUGUAUCAGCUGUACGUUGGAAAAAGUCGCUUAACAUUAGGAUAACGAUUCUACAUGGGCUGUAGUUCGCGUGCAGGUGUCACAUUGUAUAUUCUGUUUUGUUCCCGCUCCCACGUAACCCAAUAAUCGAACACAUUACACACCAUUGUAGUAUCCUGAGCGGCCUAGACUGCAGUCGCAUGCAAGAAAGGACCGGAAGUUAGGAGGCCAGAACUUCAACUUAGAUGCCCCGCUGUUCUGCUGCUCUCUAUGGUUUUCGGAGGCGGAAGUGUUGUUAUUAUGGUGCUUGUGUGGGAUCUGUGCUGUCUGCUCUUGGUGUCCUUGCUCUGGGGAGCUACAAACCCAUUUUUGCGUAAAGGAGCAGAAGGUCUGGAGGUUGUAAGAGAGCAAAGGAGUCUGAGGCAGCUUCUCUUUGAUGCAGCAUUCCUGAUUUCCAAUUACAGGUAUGUGAUCCCCUUCUUGCUGAACCAGUGUGGCUCUCUGGUGUUUUACUUCACUUUAGCCUCGGCAGAGUUGUCUUUGGCUGUGCCUCUCUGUAACUCUAUGGCUUUGAUCUUCACAUUGAUAACAGGAAGAAUUAUUGGAGAGGACAUUGGAGGGAAGGGAGCUUUUCUUGGAAUGUUUCUCACCAUACUGGGGAUCACACUAUGUGUUGCAAGUUCUGUUAAUGAUUGAGAAGCCCCAGAAUUUCCUAGUAAAGCAACUUGGUGUACUGAUGUGUAACUGAGAAAGUGGAUUCAAAUCUGAGAAUAAUAGAAUUCAGAUCAAGACAAGUGGUACGGGAGAACAAAAGCAUGAGUUCAGCAGAGAAUUAGAGAGUAAAGAUUGUUGUGCGGAAAAGAGUUUACAACGGGCACAAAAGACAGCAAAUAUUCUAUAGUACACUGUCAAAGUGAGUGCAUGGUCUUUAUACAGAUAGCAGCUAUGAAAUACUUGUCUCGCUCCCUCAAUACUUUGGGAAAAUUGGGUUAUAUCAAUGUAAUAAACUACCAGCUUUGUAAUAAGUCCACAUAGCAUGCAAUUAGAUUGUACAUUGGGAAAAAAAAGAGAAAUCUUAUAUGUGAAUAUUUCGUUAUGCUGUGAUGCUGCUUUCAGAACAAAACAAUGUUAAAAUUGUUAUAUAACUUCAGAUGUAUCAUUAUCAUCCCUAUUCAUAAUUGGACAUAGAUAUAUAUGCAAGGAAAAUGUCACCUGAAAUGUGUCACCCACUGUUUAAAAUCAAGCAUUUUUGCAGAAAUAACACACUUAUAUAGUCACAUAAUUAUCAUGUCCCCAGUCUUGAUAAUUGUUGUGAGAAAUAAUUUAAAGGGCCACUAAACCCAAAAUCUUUCUUUCAUGAUUCAGAUAGAGAAUAGAAAUUUAAACAAUAUUACAAUUUACUUCCAUUAUUUAUUUUGCUUUAUUUUUUUAAUAUCCUUAGUUGAAGAAAAAGCAAUGCACAUGGUGAGCCAAUCACACGAGGCUUCUAUGUGCAGCAACCAAUCAGCAGCUAGUGAGCAUAUCUAGAUAUGCUUUUCAUCAAAGAAUAUCAAGAGAAUAAAACAAAUUAGAUAAGUAAAUUAGAAAGAUGUUUAAAAUUGCAUUCUCUUUCUAAAUCAUAAAAGAAAAAAUGUGGGUGGCAUGUCCCUUUAAGUUUGCAAUUUUUAACACCUUAGGCCAGACAUCAUCAAACUUGGCCCUCCAGAGGUUUUUGAACUACAUUUCCCAUAAUGCUCAGCCAGCAUAUCAGCUGGCUGAGCAUCAUGGGAAAUGUAGUUCCAAAACCUCUGGAGGGCCAAGUUUGAGGAUGUCUACCUUAGGCGGUCAUAUUGUCUUCAUUGUACACAAUGGGUCAGAAAGAGCCAAAACAGCUAGAAACACAGAUAAUUCUUCAUUUGUGCAUUAUGCGUCAAUUAUAAUAUAUUGCUGCAGCAUAAAAGGGUGCAAUUUUGCAUACAUGUUUUACACAGUUUAAAUGUUUUCUGUAAAAAAAAAAAAAAAGUCUGAAUAAACAACAAAUUACAAACUUU